CCAUUAUUUAAGCACGGAGUACGAGGUAAGCCCUAAAAAUACGCACGCACGCAUGCGACCUUCGUCUGGUUGAAGCCGAUUUUCUUCCGAAAUCGAUGUAGAAAACAGACAGUUAUUGUAUUAUUUUGAUACGAUUUGUGUUACAAGUACAGCCGAGACGAGAUUUCGGGAAUUAUGGGGAAGGAGAAACCAGCAGACGUAGAGAUGGUGGACGCUACGGCGAAAAUAAACGGAGAGAAAGAGACGGCAACGGAGGAAGCCCCAUCGAAGAAAGAAACCGACUUGAUAACUCUCGAUGACUUCAAGGAGCAUGUCAAGCACAUUGAGAAGGCUGUGUCCUCCAAGGAGAAGAAUUACAUGUCAAGGGUCGUCAGGGCAUUGACCUCAUCCCGGCGUAAACUCAACCAUGAAGUAUUACGUAAACUCAUCAUGGGUUACUUCACCUCUUCCAGUGUCGCCAGAGAGAAUCUUAUCACAUUUCUUGAUGAGCCGAUGGAUACAACGGAUAACAAUAUCAUCUUUCGGCCUCGUAGUAGCAAGACAGCAAACGGUCAACUACUCCCUGAGCUCGAUGUGUAUGUCCAUCUUCUGCUUGUGGUGCAUCUCCUUGAUACUAAAAGAUAUGAUGAGGCUGUGGCGUGUUCAGACCUUCUCAUGACAAAGAUCGACAUUCAGAACAGACGCUCCUUAGAUCAACUCUCCGCCAAGGCGUUCUUCUAUCACUCCAGAGCAUACGAGCUGACUGGUCAACUGGAGAAAGUCAGGAGUUUCCUGCACGCCAAGUUGCGGACGGCGACCCUAAGACACAACAACGAGGCCCAGGCCACGCUUCAGAAUCUCCUCCUGCGGAACUACCUCCAUUACAACCUCUACGACCAAGCCGACAAGCUCGUGGCCAAGUCCACCUUCCCCGAAGAGGCGUCCAACCACGAAUGGGCCAGGUUUCUCUACUACUUAGGUCGUAUCAAGGCUAUUCAGUUGGAGUACUCGGAGGCCCAUAAGAACCUGUUGCAAGCCUUACGCAAGGCCCCACAAUACACUGCCAUUGGCUUCAAACAGACGGUUCAGAAGCUAGCCAUAACUGUUCAGCUUUUACUGGGAGAGAUUCCUGACAGAGCCAUCUUCAGACAGAAGGUUUACAAGAAGGCACUGGCCCCUUACCUACUCCUAACGCAAGCUGUAAGAACGGGGGAUCUACACCUCUUCAACCAGACCUCCAAGAACUUCACGUCCAAGUUCCAGUCGGACGGCACCUACACCCUGAUCAUCCGACUGCAUCAUAACGUGAUCAAGACGGGAGUGCGCAUGAUCAGUCUCUCCUACUCCCGCAUCUCGCUGUCGGAUGUGGCCAAGAAACUCCAACUGGAGAGCCCAGAGGAUGCAGAGUUCAUUGUCGCUAAGGCUAUUCGAGAUGGCGUGAUAGAAGCCAGUAUUGAGCAUGAGAAAGGCUACGUCCGGUCCAAAGAGACGGUCGACAUCUACUCAACGAGGGAACCCAUGGCUGCCUUCCAUCAACGCAUCAGCUUCUGUCUGGAUAUACACAACCAAGCAGUCAAGGCAAUGCGGUUUCCUCCCAAGUCAUACAACAAAGAUUUGGAAUCAGCGGAGGAACGUCGAGAAAGAGAACAGCAAGACCUGGAACUUGCCAAAGAAAUGGCAGACGAAGACGAAGAUGCCUUCUAGACAGGUCAUCCUAACCACCCCUUCUCUCGUCCAAUAGUCCCCUCCCCUCUCUCUAUU